UACGUGACAUGUCAACUUUAGAAAACCUAGAUUAUGAAUAGGGAUUUUAUUGUGAAAAAUAUUUGACCUAACAUUUUAAUAUUAUUCUUUUGUGUUAAUUUUUGUUCCUAAGAAUAUUUAUGUAGUUUCAUGUAUAUGAUAUUUUCAACUUAUUGAUUCUAUUGCUUUUUUUCUUUAAAAAAAACAAAAGCAAUGGAUUUAGAAGACAAUGCUUUGGGUUUGACCCAAGAUCAAACUGAAAAAAUGUUGCAAUUCCAAGACCUAACAGGCAUCGAAGAUAUAUCAAUAUGCAGGGACGUAUUACAAAGGCAUCAGUGGGAUUUGGAGGUUGCAAUACAGGAACAGCUCAAUAUUAGGGAAGGUCGGCCAUCAGUAUUUGCUACAGAAGCAAGAGCACCUACGGUAGUACAUGAUCACAUUGCUCAGCAAGUUUUUACAGAUGAUGGAUCAGAUGGACCUGGAGGAGUAAGGGGACUUUUCCGUUAUGUUGUCAACUUAGUUGUAUCAAUGUGUUACAGCACUAUAACUUCUGUAUUGAACUUGCUGCUAAGUUUUGUAAGAAACGAUGAUAGGAGAUUGGUUACCGAUCAACUUGGUGAUGUUAUGGGUUUUAUCAACAAUUACACAUCAAGAUUUAGCCCGCAUCCCGUUUUCUAUCAGGGGACUUAUGCACAGGCUCUCAAUGAUGCAAAGAAUGAGCUGAGAUUUUUAAUUGUCUAUCUGCAUUCAGAAUCAGCAACAGAGACACAAAACUUUUGCAGAACAACACUGGCUGACCCUGAUGUAAUACAGUACAUAAACACACAUGCUCUGUUUUGGGGUUGUUCCAUUGACACUUCGGAGGGUUGGCGAGUAGCUCAGUCUGUGGGGGGUCGUAGAUAUCCUUUGAUGUGCGUCGUAUGUGUGAGGGACCAUCGUAUGACGGUGGUAGCUAGGAGUGAAGGUGCUUGCGCGCCUCAACAGCUGUUACAACGACUACAAAGAGUCGUUACUGAGAAUGAGCCACAUCUCGCCGCUGCUAGGGCUGACAGAGUCGAGCGCGAGGUGACGGCCCGUCUGCGUGCGGCUCAGGACGAGGCUUACGCGGAGUCGCUGGCGGCUGAUCAGGAGAAGGAGAGGAAGAAGGAGAGAGAGCGAGAGGCCCGGGACCAGCUGGAGAGGGAUACUCUACACAGACAGAUGAUGGAGGAACAGCAUCGACAACAGGUGAUCGAAGCUCGUGCGGCUAUGGCGGCCAGUCUGCCCGAGGAGCCAGCCACGGGAUCGACGGCCGUCGCGUUACUCAUACGACUGCCGUGCGGGGAGAGACUCACGAGGAGGUUCUACCUCGUGGAUACUACGCAGGAUCUGUACAAUUUCGUCUUCAGUCAUCCGCAGUCUCCUGAGGAGUUUGAGAUCACCACUAAUUUCCCUAAACGUGUAAUCGCCAGAGGUCCGUCGACCUUAACGGAUGUGGGCCUCAAGGAUCGGGACGUGCUGUUCGUUAAUGAUACAAACGCAUAAUAUAUUAUAUUAAUAAAUUCAAUAAACACCACAACAUUAACAUAUUGUUACAAAAGUUUUGUUUAAUAUUGAGAAUACGGCAUUUUCGUUUUAAUUAUUCAUGGUUUCGGGUAAAACGAGUGAACUAUUUUUUUUUUUUAUGAAAAUUUUUGUUUGUUCUAUUUUUGAAUUCAAAUCGAUCUGUAAAUAGCAACGUAUUCGUAUACGACUCAAAACGGAUACGGCCAUUUUGUAUGCACUAGUAAUAAAAUUUAUGUAAUAUUAAAAGAAGUAAGUAUAAAACUAACAUCAAUAGUCAAUAAAAUACAAUUGAUGUUGUAACUACCUGCACUUUAAAUUCACAGAUACCACAAAACUUAUUAACAAAUGUAGACAAAGCCUUAUAAAAACAUCAAAUCUUUUAAAAACUUUGUUAAUAUGUUCUGUUGUAUAUGGUAAGGUCUUCGUCGUAUCAAUGGUGUGUGUGUUCUCUGUAGAUUUGUGGCGUAUGAAGUAACAAAUAGUUUGAUCAUUGACUUCCUUAACAUAAGGCUUGUUUCACACAUGUUACAUUACUGUAAAUUAUAAAGUGAUUACACUUGAGAAGUGAUAAUUUAGAUUUAAUAUAAGGAUUUUAAAAAGUUCUUAUUGAGAAACUUAAUUUUAUUUGACAGUUUCGAUUUUUGAAGUUAGUUUUUUUGCAUUUUUGUUAAUUAAUAAAUUGUUUGUCGGGUCAUGCUUCAUGUCGGAAAAAUAUGCAGAUUUUUUAUUCUCUUUUCUAAUAACAAAAAUAUAUGUAAUUUUAAGACUCAUUCAGUUUCUUUGUCUACAGCAUUCAUUAGUUUUAGCUCUAUUCAUAUUUUUGUUGUGACGGUUACGAUGACGUAUACGAAAUAUGUAGAAAUAAAAGGAAUUCGCCGACAAAAGUUGAUGAUAUGUUAAUCAAAAUUACAAAGAUUUUUUUUUUUAUUAUCUAUAUUUCGGCAUGUCUUUGGUCAACAUUAUAUAAUCUGUUACACAUUCGGUAUUAUAUCUGUGUCUUAUUGAAUGCAUAUUGUUAUGUAAAUAAAAUUACAUUACCAAUAGUUAUUCUCUCACACGAGUUUGUUAGAAAAUACUUUUAAGUCACAUUUAUUGUAAUUUUUUUAGACAUCUUUAAGUAUAAUUUUCGCUGCAUUUUACUUUGCUUUUGCUUGGAAACAGUCCGUUUGUGAUACCUGUAGGAUGUGCCGUACGGUGCAGAGGAUGACUGCAUUUACUUUAAUGGAAAUGUAAUAUAUUGUUUUGUUGUAAUAUAAUGUUCCUUAAGAA